AUGUCUCAAAACAUCUCACAAAGCACUCUGGGUGCUCCCGUGGAAAUCGUGCCAUCGACGCCAAUCCGCCGCGCGACUCUCUCCCCGUCACCGGAUCUCAGUGCGAAGCGCACAUCAUCGCAAUCCGAGAAGAGGAUCUUCUCGCCCCCGCCAUUGUCGUCAUCAGAAAUGACACCCCCACCCUCAACUCAGAUUCCCGGCGCUCCACUCCGAUCCCGCACACACUCACGCUCCACGAGUCCCACCGUCGUGACACAAGCGGAGUUGGACAAGUCGCUCUGCGAUGCCUACGGGGCAUCGGCGAAUCUGCCCACCGUCGAGCAAAUCGACACGGCUAACGAGACGGAGUUGCGCAUUAUCGCCAAAGACCUGCUCACUGUCGCCCGGGAUUCGCGCAUGUCUGCAUUGCACUUCAAGCUCCAGAACAGCCUGGUCUCGUUCGCAAGCAAUGAGGCCGUGAAACGUGCCGAGGUGGAACAACACCUCGCCAAGCGCGAAGUCGAGAUCAUUCAGAGCGAAGAGUACCGCACUCGCUCGCGCCCUGCGGAGCUCGUCACCCCGAAGCAGUUCACAUCCCCCUCGACAUCUGAUUAUCUCUCGGCUGUGCAGCGCUCGCAAGAGCUAGAAGAACAGAACAGACUCCUGGACCGACGACUCCGCAAUGCCAAGCGUGCAAUCGACGAUGCGACAAGUCAUUCCAAUGAUCUGCAGGAACAGAACGACAUGCUCAAGCAGCGCAUUGGAGAUAAUCGCAGACACUUCACUCAAAUCUUCAGCUAUGGCACCAUGUCCCCAGGCACCCAGCACGAGAUCCACAACAUGUGCCACGGUGAACACGCCGAUGGUCUCGCUGCUCUCCUCUACGCCGACAAACUCACCAACCAGACACAUGCCUACGGCGCCGCCUCCGCAACCUCCGUCCCAGUAACUCCCAACCAGCCCAAGAACGAGUACUUGACACCGGCAGGGAACCAAGCAGACGACCACUAUGACAGCGAUAGCACCGUUUCCCUCUCUACCUCUGAGGCACCUGAGCAGCGAAUGUCCUCCCCACAACAGAUGCGCUCUACCGCUCCCAAGAGUAGCACGUUGCUUCAGACCAAGCUCUUCGGUCAGGUGCAAAAGCCCGGCGUGGAGCGAUUGCGCCCUACCAAGCGCAAGGCAGAGACCGAAGACACCGGUUCUCAUUCCAAGAAGACCCGGACCGGACACGGUAUCGGUCUGGGCAUCAAUGCUUAG